AUGGACCCCCAUGCUGCAGCUGAAUCUUCUACUAUCAUGGCUCUGAUCCGCCGAUGGUUUAAUGGACGGCGUGAUGAUUUACACAGAGAAGAAAGAAAACCCGGUUCUGCUGAAAGUCAAAAGAGGUUGAUUCGGAAGAGUCGUCUGCGCAAAACGCUUUCUAAGAACCGAACCGAGACACUCCAAAGACUAAAUGUGGAUGAAAAAUUCCAAGGAAUCUUUUCAGAUCCUCAAUGCAACUCAGACACCGAAGACCUGGAAAAUGGAAAACAAGUUAAGGUCAAACUUGCGUGGCGCUCAAAGAUAGCCGAUUCUCUUGCAGAAAAGAUUGACAUGCUCACCGUUCAAAGGAAAGAAGAAACUAGUAGGAAGGCAUUUGGUCCAGGUCAACUCCUUGAAAACCGCCGACAAAAUUCCGAUUCAAACAGUACAGUCAGUCAAGCCAAGAUCCCAAGAUGCUUACCUAGAGAUUGGUACGACAAGCAGCUUUUACAAGACCUUGGAAAAUCAGCCCGAGAACACCUAUCCGAUCAAGCUCCCCUUGGCCUGUCAGAUUUAUGUUUUCAUUUGGACCAAUUGAUUUCUUCACAGCAGUAA